AUGAAGGGCGGUUCACGGCCGGUCCGGCCCAAGACCUCCAUCGGGUUCCGCGCCGGGCGCAUCGCCGCGGACGGCUGGUCCAAGCUGCGCCCCCUGCGUCCCACCGGCAAGCCCGCGUCCGCUGUCUCCACGCAGCCUCAGGGCCCCAGCGUGGUCCCCCGCGACCCGCGCCUGGUUGACGGCCCCUGGACCGACCUGGACGGCGAGGCAGUGCUGCGUGCGCAGCGCGACGCAGCGCGCCUGGCGCGGGAGUCCUCCCGCCACUCCCCAGGCCAGGUGUUGCUGGGCCGGCCCGCCGCCGAGCUGCGCGCGCUGGUGAGCGCGCUGGGCGCGCCGGCCUACCGCGCGGCCCAGCUGCGUGACGGCGUGCUGGCCGGCGCGCGGUCGCUGGAGGAGGUGCGCGGCCUGCCGGCCGCGCUGCGCGCCGCGCUGCGAGGGGCUGGAGUGCGCACGGGGCGGUCGACGCCGCGCGGCGCGGUGACGGCGCGGGACGGCACCGCCAAGCUCCUCCUCCAGCUGGCCGACGGGCGGGUGGUGGAGUGCGUGGGCAUCCCCGAGGGCCCGCGCCUCACCGUCUGCGUCAGCUCCCAGGUGGGCUGCCCCAUGCGCUGCACCUUCUGCGCCACGGGGAAGGGCGGCUUUGCGCGCAACCUGCUGCCCCACGAGAUCCUGGACCAGGUGCUGGCGGUGGGCGAGCACUUUGGCCGCCGCCCCUCCAACGUCGUCUUCAUGGGCAUGGGCGAGCCCAUGCUGAACCUGCCCUCGGUGCUGGCCGCGCUGCGCGCGCUGCGCGAGGACCUGGGCAUGGGCGCGCGGCACCUGACCCUGAGCACCGUGGGCGUGCCGGGGACGCUGCGCCAGCUGGCAGCGCGGCGCCUCCAGGUCACACUGGCUGUGUCGCUGCAUGCGCCCACCCAGGAGCUGAGGGAGCGCAUCGUGCCCUCCGCCAGGGUCUACCCGCUCCAGGCCCUCAUGGCCGACUGCACCAAGUACUUUGAGGUGUCUGGGCGGAGGGUGUCCUUCGAGUACACGCUGAUGGCGGGGGUGAACGACCAGCCGCAGCAUGCCAUCGAGCUGACGAGGCUGCUGCGCCAGCACCGCAGCAUGAGGUGCCACGUCAACCUCAUCCCCUGGAACGCCGUGGACGAUGCAGGCGCGUGGAUGAUGGGGGCCUGGGGGUUCAAGAGCCCCAGCAGGGAGGCCGUGGAGAUCUUCAAGUCCAUCUUGGAGGAGCGGAGGGUGCCCGUCAGCGUGCGGAUCACGCGAGGCCUGGAGGCGGCGGCUGCCUGCGGCCAGCUGCGCAACAUGUACCAGAAGACGCCGCUGCAGGAGUUUGAGGUGCCCGCAUGA